AUGGAAUCCAAAGGCAUCGAAACGGGUGGUUACAAGCCCUCCUUACGGGUUGACAUCGGCUCAGCCGACAACGCCAAGGAGGAUUCGGCAAACGUUACGGAAGGUAGCCCUCAAAAAGUAAUUACCCCGCAUGUAUCCACAAACAUCUUCGUGGCCGGCAUUCCAUCCACGUGGGACGAUGACGCUCUGCGAGAACGCUACAAAGAGUUUGGCGAGAUUGUAUCGACAAAAGUAGUCAAGAACCGGCACUUUGGUUUUGUAAUGUUUCGGAAAGCGGAGUCUGCGCACGCGGCAAUCAACGCCACUCACCUGACGCAGCCAACUCCGAACUGUGGCACUGUCUUGCACGUUUCUAUCGCCAUGCACGACGAGGGACUCGAUGACCAGCCAAACGACCGCCUUUUCAUUCGCGGGCUGCCGCAAUGGGCGACGAAGGAGCACCUUCGACAGAUGUUCUCGCCGUACGGUGUCAUUACGGAGUGCGCCGUUCUCAUGAACCCUCUCGGGCAGUGCAAAGGGUCUGGCUUUGUUCAGUUUUCCUCACAGCAAGAGGCCACUGCCGCCAUCAAGGCGCGGGACUCCAUUAGCAUGGAUAAUUGGCCCCACCAACUCGAGGUAAAGUACUCUGAGUCGGCCGAUGUGCGGCAGAUGCGGCAAGAGCGCAACCGCAAUCGCCAGCGGCACUGGCUCCCGUCACCACAGUAUCGUGGCGGCAACACCCCCAGCUCCCUCCCUUCGCCCUACCCGGGGUUUUCGCCGCCGCUCUCCCUCAUUCCGUCUCCGCAGGCGUUUCCAGUGAUGAGCGCGAUGCCGUUUCCGAUGGUGUACCCACCAACACCAGCCACCACGGGUGCCCCGACGCAGAUCGUGUACCCCCAGCCGAUCUACCAGACCAUGCCGCCCUUCUACUCGGCAUCUGCAGUGCCUAUCCCAGCACCGAUUCCGCUUCCUCAAAAAGGCGACCUGCACUUUAGCGGCCCGCCGUUGACAGAGGAGUUGCUGCGUCUCAUGCUGCAGUCCUACGGCGAGGUGGAGGCCGUCAAAAAACUAGAUAAUGACACCGGGAUCGCGGUGCGCCUACGUGACGUGACGAAGCACGCACUGGUGGUGCAACAGCUGAACGGCUCGCUCUUUCCCACUGGGCAGUUGUUGGCGGUCGGUAUUUACGCGUAG